AUGGAGGCCGAUCUGGGGGCCCCAAACGCCAGCGUGCUGGGGGACCGCUCGCUGCUGGUGGGGAGCAGCUGGGUGGCCGCUUUCCUCUGCUUUAUCAUCCUGCUGACCACGGCGGGGAACUUCCUACUCAUCCUCCUCAUCGUCACCCAACGCUCCCUCCGCAACACCUCCAACUACUUCCUGGUGUCCCUCUUCAUGUCCGACCUGAUGGUGGGGCUGGUGGUCAUGCCCCCAGCCAUGCUCAACCAGCUCUACGGUCGCUGGGUGCUGCGGGGCGACUUCUGCUCCCUCUGGUACUCCUUCGACGUCAUGUGCUGCAGCGCCUCCAUCCUCAACCUCUGUGUCAUCAGCUUGGACCGCUACCUGCUCAUCAUCUCCCCCCUCAAAUACAAGCUGCGAAUGACCUCCUGCAGGGCCCUCUGGCUCAUCCUGGCCACCUGGACCUUGGCUGCGCUGGCCUCCUUCCUGCCCAUCAAGAUGGGUUGGCACGAGCUGGAGUUUGAGGUCUGGUCCCCAAACGUCACCUCCCGAGGGGAGGAGGACCAGUGCCGGCUGCUGGUCAGCUUGCCCUAUGCCUUGGUGGCCUCCUGCCUGACUUUCUUCCUCCCGUCCGCCGCCAUCUCCUUCACCUACUGCCGCAUCCUCCUGGCAGCCCGCAAGCAAGCGGUGCAGGUGGCUUCCCUCGCCUCCAACGUGGCCACCGCCACCGCCGACGAGACCACGCCACAGGUUCCCCGCGCCCCGAGUCUGCCCGUGGCCGGCAGCGAGAGCAGGAGGUUCGCCAACAAGCACAGCAAGAAGGCGCUGAAGGCCAGCCUGACGCUGGGCAUCCUCCUGGGCAUGUUCUUCGUGGCUUGGCUCCCCUUCUUCAUCACCAACGUGAUGCAGGCAGUCUGCAGCUGUGUCCCGGCCGGCUUCUUCGACGUGCUCACCUGGCUCGGGUACUGCAACAGCACCAUGAACCCCAUCAUCUACCCGCUCUUCAUGAGGGACUUCAAGAGGGCCAUGGGCAAAUACCUGCCCUGCUGCCGGCGCUCGGGGGAGCCCCGUCCCAGCGCCAUCUCCCUCUCCAUGAGGAACUCCCACAGCGGACCCCGCGCCGCCACGUCCCUCAAGAACGUCCUCACCUUGCAGGCCGAGACCGACUCGGUCGACUCCGGGGCGCUGGGGAACGAACACAGCCUGUUGCCGGUUGGCAACGGAUCCCGAGUUCUCCCGGCUUCCGGCACCCGUUUGGCCAACUUUUUCGACACGGAGCCCCCGGACACGGAGCUGCAGCCCAAGCAGCUCAGCACCCCUGUGGCCUGA